AGCCUGAGCCUAGCCCCAGUCUGGCCCCAGGCAGCCCUCUCCCAGUGUACCCGCCUCUGUGGCGGUGGCUUCGGCAUGGCGGUCUGGACCCCUCAGAGGCCAGGGCUGCUGCUGACGGUGCUGGUGGUGACCGUGGCGGCAGCCCGGCCUGCUCACCUGCUGACUUCGAGGUCCUCGGCCCAGGGCGCUCUGGACCGCGUGGCUCUGGGCGGCCUGUUAAAUACGCUUGCGGCCCGUGUGCACUGCUCCUCGGGGCCGUGUGGAAAGUGCCUGUCUGUGGAAGACCUCCUGGCCCUGGGCCGGCCUGAGGGGCCGGGGCCAACCCCAGUGUCGGUCCUGGAGCCCGAGCACAUCCCCCGCCUCAGUGCGGCCGCUGCCCUCUAUCUCAGCGACCCUGAGGGCACCUGUGAGGACAUCCGGGCUGGCCGCUGGGCCUCCCGAGCUGACCACCUUCUGGCCCUGCUCGAGGGCCCCGAGGCCCUGAUCCCAGGCCUGAGCAGGCUGCUGCGGAGGAUUCAGGUCCGGACCGCCAGCCUGCCCUCCGCAGAGGAGGCCUGCGUGGACCUGCCUUGGCUGCUGGACCAGGCGGCGGAGGCAGGGGCUCCCGGCAGCCCCGGCCCCGUGUUGGCCGCUCUGCUGGACCACGUCCAAAACGGGUCCUGCAUCCACGCCCUGCCGACCCCCCAGUACUUUGUGGACUUCGUGUUCCGGCAGCACCAUGGGGACACUCCCAACAUCACACUGGACGAGCUGGCGGCGCUGAUGCAGCACCUGGGGGUGGGUGGCACGGCCGCGAGCCACGGAGACCACGGCGACGACCAUCACCACCAUCGUCUGAGAAGGAGGGCCCACCUCGCCCCCUCCAACAGCAGCGCCAGUGUGUGGGACACAGUUUGCCUGGAUGCCAGGGACGUGAUGGCCGUGUACGGGCUGCCUGAGCGGACGGGGGUGUCCCCAGAGGCGUGGGCCCUGCUGAGCCCUGCGCUUCUCCAGCAGCAGCUGAGUGGGGCCUGCAGCCCACAGCCCAGCCACCCCGCCCAGGACCAGCUCAGCCAGGCGGAGAAGUACUUGUACGGCUCCCUGGCCACCCUGCUCAUCUGCCUCGCCUCGGUUUUCGGCCUCCUGCUCCUCAUCUGCACCAGCUGCAGCAGGGCCACCCACUACGUCAUCCAGACCUUCCUGGGCCUGGCCGUGGGCGCGCUCACCGGAGACGCCCUCCUGCACUUGACGCCCAAGGUCCUAGGGCUGCACCAGCAUGGCGGGCACAGUGAGCUCGGAGGGGACCACGAAGACCACAGCGCGCAGCCCAUCUGGCGCCUCCUGGUGGCGCUCGGGGGCCUGUACACCUUCUUCCUGUUCGAGAAGCUCUGUGACCUCCUGCUGCCCCAGGAGGACCUGAAGGAGGAGCCCUGCAGCCACGGUGACCACCACGGCAGCCACGGCCACAGCCACGGCCACAGCCACGGCAUGUCUCUGCAGCUGGCGCCCAGGGAGCUCCGCCAGCCCAAGCAGCCCCAGCAGACCUGGAGCCUGGCUCCUGGCCCCGCGCCGGCUCCGUCCCUGGACCUACAGCCGGGGACCUGGAGGGCCCAGGCCGCUGAGCACCCCCUUCCCCAUCCCCCGGCAACCUGGUUCCCAGACAUUCCUGGGCCGGCCGCCGCGGCUCCGUGGUAG